AUCGACCAACAGGGAGAAGGAAAGAGACUGGAACUGUGGAAGGUCGGGGGAAAUCGAAAAUCCCAGGUGUAAUCAAACCACACAAAACUUGCAGUGAAAGUAACUACCGAAAGAAGUAGAAAACGGUCUUGGAAGAGUGGGUUUUACUCUGAGAGAAGACACAAACAACCUGCACCUUGAAUUUAGAACUUGGCGAGUUUGAUUGCUUGCAGUUUGUUUGGAAAGAGAACACAGUAACAACUCAUUCCUGGAGAAAGACGAUCCCCGAGAGAGAAAGAACUAAGAACACACCGAACUGCGCACACUGAAAAAGUGAAAAAUAAAGUUUACCAUCGGUUCUAGCGUUGGCAAAAGUGGUUGUAUUGACUUUGAGUGAAAUUGAUUAUUAUUCCAUUAGGAUUGAAGCUACUGCCCUAGAAAGCAGGGGUGUUGGUAUCUCUGUCUGUAGCCUACCAUCACCGUAGUCCAGAUAGAGACAGUUUAUAUUCUGUGUUCUUCAAUGUCGAUAGACACUUGACGUACAUUUAUUGGCUUACAUCUAUACAUUUUUUGCUUUUUGUUGAACAAACAAACGAGUCAACUCAAGGAAAAAAGAGCGAGAACAUGAGCGGAGGAGAUGUCGUGUAUUCGGGGUGGCUGAGAAAGUCUCCGCCUGAGAAAAAGUUGAGACGUUACGCAUGGAAGAAGCGAUGGUUUGUUCUUCGCAGCGGGCGUCUCACUGGGGAUCCAGAUGUCCUGGAGUACUACAAAAAUGACCACACCAAAAAACCCAUACGUGUCAUUGACCUGAACCUGUGCGAGCAAGUGGACGCUGGACUGACCUUCAAUAAGAAGGACCUCGAGCACAGCUUCAUAUUUGACAUCAAGACCAUUGACCGGGUGUUCUACCUGGUGGCGGACACUGAAGAGGAGAUGAACAAGUGGGUUAGAUGCAUAUGUGACAUCUGCGGGUUUAACCCAACUGAUGAAGAAUCAGGGAAACAUUCAAACCAGUCUGGCAACACGGUUGUGGAGGUGCCACUUUUUUCAACCCCCCAGAUGAUGGGGGCCUCUUCCAUCGGCUCCCUGCCACCCCCCUAUCAGCCCGUCAGCAUCCGACACCUGGAGUCUUCGUCCAGCCAGGAGGAACCCCAGGACUACCUGUGGCUGUCCAACUGUGAAAGCAAGAAGCUUGAGCCAGCCAGACCCCACGCUGAUUCUUCCAAGUCCACGUCUUCAGAGACAGACUGCAACGACAAUGUCCCGUCGCACAAGCCCCCAGCGGCCUCCGCCAUCCCCACCUCCUGUAAACCUGCUUCCGUGAAUGGGUUUUUCACGCAGCCCAUUCUUUAUGACUCCCCUCCCUCCAGGGCUGCAUCUCUCUCCACUGAGUCCAGCCUUUACCAGCUGCCCCACAGCUACUCCCAGGACCCUGUCCUCCUGCCCACCAAGGCCACGUCCUCCCCACCUGUGACUGAUAGCGAAGACAUCUAUGUGUUUAACACUCCUUCCCGCAAGUCUUCAGUGGAGACACAGCUGCGGCAAUUUUCCAUCAGCUACGACAUUCCCCCAACGCCUGGUGGGGGCUCUACUUACCAGAUUCCUAGGACUGCUUGCCCCGAAGUGGUAGUGGGACAGUCUGCCUCCCUCCCAGAUGUCCCCCCACCCCGGCCCCCCAAACCCUCUGUGACAGUCCCUGAGCGAUCCCCCACUGAGACUUAUUCUGUCCCUCGCUCCGUCUCUGAAACAGACAGCAACCACUGCGUCACCACUGGCCCUGUGAAGUCACUCCGCAGUAACACAAUCACCACAGUGGAUUCCUCACAUCUCUGGAAAGAUCAUGGUCCUCAGGAUUGCUAUGAUAUCCCAAGAACAUUUCCGACUGACAGAAGUAGUUCCCUUGACCUUAACGAAAGCUUCAAUAACUACCUAAAGAACAAGGGCAUGGUGGCUGUUGUCGGCGGACUCUGCACCUCGAAUGAAGAGAUGGACGAGAAUUACGUUCAUAUGAGUGCCAAUUCUCCCUCCCAUCACCACUCCGGCAGCCUCUCUGAACCCAUCCAAGAGGCCAACUACAUGCCCAUGACACCCGGUACUACAGAGUUCUCCUCGCUGGGGAAGCAGGUCCCACCCCCGGCUCACAUGGGCUUUCGUUCCAGUCCAAAGACACCGCCCAGGAGACCGCUUCUCAUCAGCGACUGUCAGCCGCCCCCUGUGGACAGGAACCUCAAACCUGACCGAAAAGGUCAGAGCCCUAUAAUAAUAAGAUCUAAACCGCUUGGUUUAGAGCGAACUGACUCUCAAACCGUAGGUGAAUUCCCAAGACGAUUCAAGGUUAAACCGGCUCCCCUAGAAAUCAAACCUAUGCCAGAAUGGGAGGAAUUCCAGGCUCCAGUCAGAUCACCUGUGACCAGAACAUUUGCCCGAGACUCUUCUAGGUUCCCUAUGCCUCCGAGACCACCUUCGGUGCACAGUACUGCCUCCAGCACUGACUCCCAGGACAGUGACGAAAACUAUGUAGCCAUGAACUCUAGUCAGUCUGCAGACGAACCAAAUGUAAAACUUGGAGCACAGCUGAGUGCUGAUGGUGGAAACAGUCCGAUGGUGAAACCUAAAGGAGAUAAGCAGGUGGAAUACUUAGAUUUGGACCUUGACUCUGGAAAAUCAACACCACCUAGAAAGAAGAAGAGCAAUGGCAUAAGUAACACCUCGUCAGAUGAGCGAGUGGAUUACGUGGUGGUCGACCAACAGAGAACACAGGCACUGAAAAACACCCGAGAGGCGUGGAAUGACGGGAGACAGUCCACAGAGUCGGAGACUCCCUCGAAAGGCACAAAGUGACCAUUUUACUUUUCCAGCGGUCAUAAAAUGAGACUUUGAGGCAGAGACCACCCAAGGUCAAAGGCUAAACGUAGAACAUGUAAUAAAACUGCUCCCAGACCGAGAUGCUCAAAGGAACACUAUCGUAUGAACUUUCGUCAACAAAAGGGGAAUAAAUGCCAGUGGUUUCGCUUACAGUGCAGCCUGUUUGAACUGAGUGUCCUGCGCAGUUUCAUUUUAAAUGUAUCACACACAGGCUUACAACGUGUACGCAAUAUUGUGAACAUGACAAAAAAUGAUCUAUCUGUUUUAUUGGAGCCUUGAAAGAUGCCAGUACAGCUUAUGACUUUAGGAACAGUGAACAAUUCAUCGAAUUUUAGUUGUGUUUUUUUUUUGUUUGUUUUUUAAAGAACAGAUUUGAAUUGGAUCAAAUUUCCUGUUUGUUUUCUUGGAUAAGAACUUUUUUUUCACUGUCACACUUUGUUUCUCAUCCAUUUUGGGUAGUAUUUGUGAAUUCAUUUUAGUUUAUCAUUUAUUUAAGCCAGUGUUAUGUCAGGUUUUUGACAAAUGCAAGCCCAGCACAGCUGAUUCAGUAUGAACAUGUCCUUAAGGUGGCCUCUAAAUGCUAAUGUGAAAAUGCAGACAUUGAUUUUUGUUUUGUAAAUCUGCUGGUUGCCUUCCGAUUGUAGUGAAAUCUGUAAAUCUGUUCCUUGUUCUUUGCUCCACAUGUAGUAAAUGUUCCUAAGUAGCCUGUGUAAAAGGUGUUUUGUAUAUUAAUGGAAGUGUCCAUUUAAGUGUGUUAAGUAUCUGCAUUGUUAGAAUAAAGUUGUGGAUUCUGCAGGAUAGAAUCCUGCACCUUUUGAAAUGAUAGAAUGUAAUGGCAUAAGAAUUCUAAUAUGAAUCAAACCAUUUGUAUGAUAUAGAUGUUGGCAUUGUUAAGUGUGACAGCUGGUAAUAGGUAACUUGCAAGCUUCCCUUUUGUUAUGCACGGUAUCAGUCAGGUACUUCAUAAAUAGUAAUACAGCUAUCCAUGUAUAACGUGUUAAUAAUCAGUCAUCUUUUCAACUAAUCUUCAUAUUUUGAACAGCGGUGGUCCUGCAAUCCAAUUGUAGAUGUAAGUAUUGCAAUGGUCCUUGAAGUGUUUGAUAACACCUUUUUAAAGUCGCUGUACAAGAUGCCUUCUGACAAGUGCCAGGUUAUUUUAACAUCAGGAUUAUUUUAUUUUUUUGUUCUUACUCCUUUUACCUCUUUUUUUUUUUUUUUUUUUAAACUGCAACCAAUAUGAUUUUGUGCAAAUGUUAUCAAGUUUUUUUUUUUUUCUUAAACAAUUGGUUUUCUUUUGAAAACAGAUAUUAACUUAAUAGGAGCCCCAUUUUCACAGAGAUUACUAUUGUUUUUAUUCUGUUUUCCAUCUGCUUUUUCUCCUGUGACUUUGCCUUAUCUAGACAACUGAAUA